CAACACGCCGUCUGCACCAACAAACAUCCGGUUGCUGUCAGCAAACCCCGUCAGCUGAUCAUCAUCCACUGAGACUGAACAGUUGACUGAGGAGGACACCUGAGUGACAUCUGCAAACAUGACGACAGCAACAGCGUGUGAAUGUGUUCUAAACAGCACUCCCUGCUGGUCUCCAUGCUGGACUCCAUGCUGGACUCCAUGCUGGCCCCCUGCUGGACUCCCUGCUGGUCUCCCUGCUGGACUCCAUGCUGGCCCCCUGCUGGACUCCCUGCUGGAUUCCCUGCUGGUCUCCCUGCUGGCCCCCUGCUGGUCUCCCUGCUGGACUCCAUGCUGGAUUCCCUGCUGGACUCCCUGCUGGUCCCCUGCUGGCCCCCUGCUGGACUCCCUGCUGGACUCCCAUGCUGGACUCCAUGCUGGUCUCCCCUGCUGGCCCCCUGCUGGACUCCAUGCUGGAUUCCCUGCUGGACUCCAUGCUGGACUCCAUGCUGGACUCCCUGCUGGACUCCAUGCUGGACUCCAUGCUGGUCUCCCCUGCUGGCCCCCUGCUGGACUCCAUGCUGGAUUCCCUGCUGGACUCCCUGCUGGCCCCCUGCUGGACUCCAUGCUGGUCUUCCUGCUGGACUCCAUGCUGGACUCCAUGCUGGAUUCCCUGCUGGACUCCCUGCUGGACUCCCUGCUGGUCUCCCUGCUGGACUCCAUGCUGGACUCCAUGCUGGACUCCAUGCUGGAUUCCCUGCUGGUCUCCCUGCUGGACUCCAUGCUGGACUCCAUGCUGGACUCCAUGCUGGAUUCCCUGCUGGACUCCCUGCUGGACUCCCUGCUGGCCCCCUGCUGGACUCCAUGCUGGUCUUCCUGCUGGAUUCCAUGCUGGAUUCCCUGCUGGUCUCCCCUGCUGGAUUCCCUGCUGGACUCUGCAGACUGAUGAGUUACAGUUUAUCAUUGCUGUAGUGUCCUGACUUGACCACAGGGGGGCAGCACUGCCUCAGCAGGACCAGACAGACCUGGAGGAUCAUGGUAAAGAACUGUUGUUCCUCCUGUCACUUUUACCCAGUACAUUUACUCAAGUACUGUACUUUAUCUAGUCCAGUUUUAUUCCUCAUAAUCAAUAAUAUCAAUCAUAUAAUAUUGAUUAUAUUAUAGAUUAUGAUCAAUAAUGUAUAUGAUGAAAACAGUCAUGCGUACUGUUACUUUUGGUACUUGAUUACAAUUUCAUGCCAAUGAUUUGUAACAAUAUUUAUAUUUAUAGUUUUCAUCCCCCAGAUUAAUAAACCCAGUCUGAUGACCAGGAUCAGCUCUUCACCCGCACCAGAUCUUAGGUUAACUAACCUUGAACUUUAACUGAACCUCCAAUCAGAACAAGAGCAUUUAUUUAUGUCUCUCUGUGGACUCAGUGAGGCUCCGCCCCCUCCAGUCAGAGGUCAGAGGUCAGCAGCUGGAGGUGACUGAACCGUUUCCAUGACAACUGAGCAGCUAGGAAGAAGACAGCCCGCAGCGGAAGAGUGUAAAGAAUGAUGUCAUCACAUUGUGUGUGACUGCACUUUAAACUGGAGCAGCAAGGCAUUCUGGGACAUCAUUGUCUCCUCACUAUGAAGACUCUCAGAGGUUGUGUCCAAAACCCCCCCCCUCAUUCCUCCUGGUCCUGGUCAUUACACAGAGAGUCCAACAUGGUGGACUUCAUAAGGGGGCUCACUGACACUCUGGACCCUCAGGCGCCGUGAAUGACAUCACUGCUGUCGCAUAAUGCCAUCAUUUUUUCUCUCUGCACAAUGCAUGAUGGUAAAUAUUGCUUGGUUAGUGACCAUCGGUUGUACACUUCUUUUUGCAAUGCAUUGUGGGAUACUUUGAGUCACUAUAUAGAGUUUAAUAGUUUCCACUAGCUGUUAGGACAGCUCUACAAAAUAGCAUCGUCCCUCUGCAGUGAGGGGUCAAACAGCUCUCAACAUGGCCGACACAGACUCACACAGCCUGUGACAUCACCUCCUGUUAUCAUAACAACAUGUUGCUGCUUUGGGUGUGACGGUCAGUACACACUGUACAGACAGCUGUCGUAUUAUGGGAUGUGUCUGUCGCUCCACUUCCUGCGUGUGUCGCACUGUUUACUGUCCUCCAUUUUGUCUGAACUGUUGGAAAAUUCUUCUGCUGAGGUCAUCAACAGUGAUUUAUAAACACCCAGGAUGCACUGCUGCUUUAGACACACCUGUAUGUUUUAAAGGUAAAUAUCUUGAACACAGAUCUGGAUGUUGAGAUUCUGGAACUUGUGCUGUGAAGAUUUCUGUCAUUGAUUUGAUCUCAAACACAAACUGAGUGUUUCUAAUUCUGUCUUUAUUUUUCACUAACAAACCAACAUUCAGGAGUUAAACAGUGCAGACAGACAGACAGACAGACAGACAGGAGUUAAUGGGUUACUGGAUCAGCUCCUGACACAAGAUGGACAUUUAGAAGAACUGGUUGUCAUAGUAACAGUGAGAUCUUCAUACCAGAGUUACAAAGAUGAUGAUUUUCUUAAAACAUAAAGUUUCUCUAUGAGGUUCUGAACAGCACAAAUAAAAAUCAGUUGCCAGAAA